AUGCGUGGGUUUGACGCUUCCGCUCCCCACAACUGGUGGGAGAAAGGCUUUAACUUGUCAAAGGAUUGCCAACAUCUGCACUUGAACCACCUCUCCUGUCUCACAUCCCACUUUACUAUGGUGGAGAUGACGUGCUGCCUCUCCACCAGUUCCACUCGAGCCAUCGCUGCUCCUCCGCAUACCCAAACACCAUUCUCGAUGACAUCUUCACCUCCACUCUACUCAUUCAUGCUGUACCGCCUUACUUCUGGCCCUCCUCACAUCCCACCUCCAACCUUGCCUCCACAGGUCACUUCUAUGCUCGCAUUCUACGAUCCCCACCCCACCUCUCUCACCUUAUCCUUCCUUCCCACCACCUUAGUUAAUGUAGCCACCUGCGUUGCGCAACGUCUUUCGUGA